AUGCCAGGUGGAAGAACCGGAGGCGGCGGUGGCAGUGGUGUCAAAGGCGCCGUUGCCCGGGUCCGCCAAGCAGUGACAAAGAAGACACAGAACAAGAAGCAGCAGAAGGAGGCAUUGAGGUCUCCCACGACGCCUCAUCCAAAGGUCCAAGAGCGCCAGGCGAAGAAGGAAGCUGCCAAGGUCAAGAAGGACACUCGCAAGGCUGAGGUUGCCGAGGAAUCGGCCUUGAAGGGCGACACUCCUAGCUGGGUCGCGCCACGUGAACUUGAGAGGAGGAAGGUCCAGGCUCGCGAGGCUGAGAGGGCGGAGAAGGAGGAUCGUUUCACUUAG